AUGGGCUCUGGUUGCUGCCCCUCUACUCCCGUCAAGGCUUCCCCAGCUGCGACUCCCGAGUUGGACGUUUGCCGCAACUUAUGUUGCAGUGAAUCUGACGAUACCCCUCUCCUCGCCGACACCAGCCUGGACCAAGGCAAAGACAAGGCUCCCGACUGCUGUGCCGGCAAAAGUGGUCCAUGCUGCGAUACCUCUUGCCUCAAUCGCCUCGCCAUGCGAGAGUGUGAGGACGGUCCCGACACCUGUGACGGCGCGGCCGACGGCAAGGCCUGCACGCAGCACAGCACCUCGGUUCUCGACCGCUACAGUCUCACCCUGAACCAGCUGGGAUGUAUAUGCCGCGCUCUGAUUGCCCGCGGCGAGGAGACGUGCUGCGAGAUUCGCGAUCGGCACUCUGCCUACGGCGGUAGCGGACGGCGCGCCGAGUCGUACUCGAGCCGCUCCCGCUCCUCGCUUGAAUCCUUGGGUAGCAGCAGCAGUGUCACCAAGGAAGUUGCCGCUCAGAACCGACUCCGGCUGCGUGGCAAAGGCUCCGGCGGCGGCGGCGGCGGCGGCACCAGGCCAACCGCGGUUCCUUCCAAGCCCGCCUGCGCCAAGUCUUGCUGCUCGCCUACUGUGACUGCCCCGGUCAUGACAACUCGCAAGGGCAAGGAAAAGGCUACCGAUGCUAAGCAGCUGUCCUCUUGCGCCAAGGCCAGUGGUGACAAGGCAGUGAAAUGGCCAUUGAAGCCAUUGCCGACGUUGAAGAUCAGGGACUUGGCAAAGAGCACGUCAUUCUCAGCAUCUCAGAACCAAGGCUCUAGUCUUGACUUGAUCAUCCCCGGCGAGCCAUCCAACUUUAUCGACCAAGCCUGGCCUGACGGGAUCAUAGAGAUGGUGGCUGUUGACAAACAGACUGUACGUGUCACGUUUGAUCCCAAGAUCGUGGGGCCUCGGGAUCUUGCUGAAAAGACCUGGCGAGAGCCUUUCAAUCUUGCACCUCCACGUGGCGACGCAUCACUCGAAGCAGGUGCCAAACAUGUCAAGCACAUUGGAUAUACGACGCUUCUCUCUGCAGUUCUGACUAUUCCAGUCCUGGUCAUGGCCUGGGCACCGUUGCCCAAGAGAGAGAUUGCCUACGCCUCUGCCUCGUUCGCUUUGGCGACUAUUGUUCAAGUCGUCAUUGGUGGUCCCUUUUACCCGAAAGCUCUCAAGGCCCUCGUCUUUUCCCAAGUCAUUGAAAUGGAUCUGCUCAUUGUCUUGAGCACCAGCGCCGCCUACAUUUUCUCCGUUGUUUCCUUUGGUUAUCUCCUCGCAGGCAAGCCGCUUUCGACUGGCCAGUUCUUCGAGACCAGUACACUUCUCGUCACGUUGAUCAUGGUUGGGCGAUGGGUCGCCGCCUUGGCACGUCAGCGGGCCGUCGAGUCCAUCUCCUUAGAGUCACUGCAAGCCUCGGCGGCCAUUCUUGUUGAAAACGGCAUAGAACGCGAGAUUGAUGUACGUCUCCUUCAAUACGGCGACAUCUUCAAAGUGCUCCCCGAUACCACAAUUCCGACCGACGGUACCAUCAUUGCCGGCUCUUCUGAGACUGAUGAAUCCAUGCUCACAGGUGAAUCCAAGCCUGUUGAGAAAUAUCCCAAAUCUGCGGUGAUUGCAGGCUCCAUCAACGGCCCUGGUGUUUUGACUGUCCGGCUCGAUCGCCUGCCCUGUGAAAAUAGCAUCAAUACGAUUGCCGCAAUGGUCAAUGAAGCAAAGCUGUCCAAGCCAAAGCUGCAGAACCUCGCUGACAAAGUUGCAAGCUACUUUGUACCUGUUGUGGUGACCUUGACCAUCAUUACUUUUGUCAUUUGGGUCGCUAUAGGCAAAACUAUCCGCCACCAAACCAGUUCCGAAGCUGCCAUUCAAGCCAUUACCUACGCCAUCACGGUCCUCAUUGUCUCUUGCCCCUGUGCCAUUGGUCUGGCGGUUCCCAUGGUUGUCGUCAUUGCCAGCGGUGUAGCUGCUAACAAGGGCAUCAUAUUUAAAUCUGCCGACGCGAUCGAAGUCGGCUACAAGACGUCCCAUGUUGUAUUUGACAAGACUGGAACCUUGACACGCGGAAAGCUCUCGGUGACUGCGGAGCAGUGCUUGGAUAGAAGUAAACUCCCUCUUCUCUACGGUCUUGUUCAGAACAGCAAGCACCCCGUCUCUGUUGCUAUAGCCGCCCAUCUCAAAACUAGCGGCAUCACAACCUCCGUCGUUCCAGAGCCAAAGAGUCUUACCGGAAAAGGUGUUGAAACUACCGCAAGCGGCCAGAAACUGCAGGCCGGUAAUUCCCGCUGGCUCAAUAUGACUGACCACGACCUUGUUCAGCCGAUGCUCGCAAAUGGUCACACUGUCUUUUGCUUCUCCGUCGAUGGUGUCCUAACUGCAGCAUAUGGUCUCGAGGAUGAGCUACGCCCUGACGCCGCUGCCACGGUCGACGCCUUGAAAAAGCGCAAUAUUUCCGUGCACCUAGUUUCGGGCGAUGACGACGGCGCGGUUCAGGCUUGCGCAUCCAAACUCGGCAUCUCUUCCAGCAAUGUCUCCUCUCGCAGCUCCCCGGCAGAAAAGGGAGCCUAUGUCAAGAAGCUCGACUCGGUCAUUUUUUGUGGCGACGGUACAAACGACGCGGUUGCGCUCGCGCAGGCUACAAUUGGCGUACACAUCAACCAGGGUGCUGACAUUGCGCAGUCGGCAGCAGAUGUGGUUCUCAUGCGCCCCCAUCUCGAAGGCAUCCUCGCAAUCAUGAAUGUCAGUCGAAAGUCGGUCAACCGGAUCUGGUUCAACUUUGGAUGGAGCCUAGUCUACAACACUUUUGCCAUUCUGCUCGCAGCAGGCGCGUUUGUCAAUGCCAGGAUUCCGCCCGAGUUUGCCGGUCUCGGUGAGCUGGUCAGCGUUUUGCCCGUCAUUGCUGCCGCCGUGCUCUUGCGGUGGUCAAACAUCUAG